AUGUCUGUCGACAAUAAUACCUACCAGAACCCUCUCAAUUCGAGAUAUUGCUCGACGGAGAUGAAGUAUAUCUUUUCUCCUCGCAAUCGGUUCAGCACAUGGAGACAGCUAUGGGUCCAUCUCGCGGAAUCUGAAAAAGAACUCGGUCUUGACAUUUCCGACGACGCUAUUAAGCAGCUGAAAGACCAUGUUCGUAUCGAGGAUGAGGAGUUCGCAACCGCAGCCGUGGAAGAAAAGCGUCGCCGUCACGAUGUAAUGGCUCACGUCCACACGUACGGUUUGGCUGCACCAGCGGCCGCCGGAAUUAUUCACUGGGGAGCCACUUCAUGCUACGUUACCGACAACGCGGAUCUUAUCUUCCUUCGCGAUGCUCUCGAUCUCGUGCUCCCGAAGCUGGCGGCUGUUAUUCAACGACUAGCUGCCUUCGCAGUCGAAUAUCGCGACCUGCCAUGCUUGGGAUACACUCAUGGUCAAGCUGCCCAGCUGGUCACCGUUGGAAAGCGGGCUAGUCUGUGGAUCACCGACUUGCUCCGAAACUUGCGCAACCUCGAGGCUCAACGUGACGAGAUCGUCCACUCCUUCCGUGGUGUCAAGGGAACUACAGGGACUCAGGCCAGUUUCUUGGCAAUCUUCAAGGGUGAUCACGCUGCUGUCGAGAAACUGGACGAGCUCGUUACCGAGAAGUCUGGAUUCAAGGAGGCAGACAUCUCCACCAGUCAGACCUACUCUCGUCUCAUUGAUGUUGAUAUCCUUCACGCUUUGAGCUCAUUCGGAUGUGCCUGCGAGAGAAUUGGCGGUGACAUCAGACAUCUGGCCAUGUUCAAGGAGCUUGAAGAACCAUUCGAGGCCGACCAGAUUGGAUCCAGCGCAAUGGCCUACAAGCGAAACCCCAUGCGCUCUGAGAGAUUGUGCUCAUUGGGCCGAAAGCUGCGCAACUACAGCGCGGACGCGGAGCAAACCUACGCCUCGCAAUGGCUGGAACGCAGUUUGGAUGACUCUGCCAUUCGCCGUAUCUCCCUUCCCGAGUCCUUUCUGUGUGCGGAUGCGUGUCUCAUCCUGCUGAACAACAUUUCCAACGGAAUCGUUGUCAACAAGGCUGUCAUUCAGCAGCGUAUCGACCAGGAACUUCCUUUCAUGGCUACGGAAAACGUCAUCAUGGCCAUGGUCGAGAAGGGUGCAUCCAGACAAGACGUUCACGAAGAGAUCCGUGUGCUCUCACACCAGGCAGGUGCGGUCGUCAAGCAGGAAGGCAAGCCCAACGACCUCAUCGAGCGCAUUAAGAAGACCGCCUUUUUCGAGUCUGUGCUGCCCGAGUUGGAAGCACUUCUUGAUCCAACCACGUUCAUCGGACGCUCCCCUGAGAUYGUCGAUAAGCUCGUCAACACAAAGGUGAAGCCAGCACUUGAAAAGUACGCCAAGGAACUGGCCACUGCUCAAGUCGCGGAGUUGAAGGUCUAG